ACAGUGUGUGGAGCUGCCAUCUUCUGCGUGGCCGUCUUCUCCCUCUACUUGAUGCUGGACCGGGUGCAGCACGACCCCACGCGCCACCAGAGCGGUGGCAACUUCCCCAGGAGUCAGAUCUCGGUGCUGCAGAACCGCAUCGAGCAGCUGGAGCAGCUGCUGGAGGAGAACCAUGUCUGGGGGGCCCAGCUGGCACAGCCUGAGGGCACUCGGUUGCCUGGGCCAGGGCUUGUUCCNNNNGAGAGUCGCCCGAGCUUCCUCUCCGUCUCCCCACAGGACUGCCAGUUCGCCCUGGGGGGCAAGGGCCAGAGCCCAGACCUGCAGAUGCUGGCUGUGUACUCCCUGCUGCCCUUUGACAACCAGGAUGGCGGCGUGUGGAAGCAGGGCUUCGAUAUCACCUAUGAGCCCAACGAGUGGGAUGCUGAGCCCCUGCAGGUGUUUGUGGUGCCGCACUCCCACAACGACCCGGGCUGGAUCAAGACCUUCGACAAGUAUUACUAUGACCAAACGCAGCACAUCCUCAACAGCAUGGUGCUGAAGAUGCAGGAGGACUCGCGCCGGCGCUUCAUCUGGUCCGAGAUCUCCUUCUUUUCCAAGUGGUGGGACAACAUCAGCGCCCAGAAGCGGGCUGCGGUGCGGAGGCUGGUUGGCAACGGGCAGCUGGAGAUGGUGACGGGCGGCUGGGUGAUGCCGGACGAGGCCAAUUCCCACUACUUUGCCAUGAUCGACCAGCUGAUUGAGGGGCACCAGUGGCUGGAGAAGAACAUCGGCGUGACGCCCCGGUCAGGCUGGGCUGUGGACCCCUUCGGGCACAGCUCCACCAUGCCCUACCUGCUGAAGCGCUCCAACCUGACGGCCAUGCUCAUCCAGCGCGUGCACUACGCCAUCAAGAAGCACUUCGCUGCCACCCGGAACCUGGAGUUCAUGUGGAGACAGACGUGGGAUCCGGACGCCAGCACCGACAUCUUCUGCCACAUGAUGCCCUUCUACAGCUACGAUGUGCCCCACACCUGUGGGCCGGACCCCAAGAUCUGCUGCCAGUUCGACUUCAAGCGCCUGAUUUCGCGCAGCAAAAAGCCGCAGGAGUGGGAUGCCCAGUUCCUCAACUACCAGCGCAUCUUCGACUUCCUCAACUCUCGGCCCAACCUCCACGUCCAGGCGCAGUUUGGGACGCUCUCCGACUACUUCGAUGCCCUGUACAAGAAGGUGGGCAUCGUGCCGGGGAUGAAGCUGCCCGGGUUCCCGGUGCUGAGUGGGGAUUUCUUCUCCUACGCCGACCGGGAGGAUCACUACUGGACGGGCUACUACACCUCCCGGCCUUUCUACAAGAGCCUGGACCGGGUGCUGGAGGCCCACCUCCGGUGA